AUGUCUGAAUUAUCCCGUUCUCCGUUACGCCCCGCUGCCAGCAACAGAAUCAUCUCAGAGUCCACAGGACUAUGUAAACUUCAACUCUCCCCUAAAAGAGAGAAAAGACAUGUUUUACAGCACCAACUGAGUCUGCCCAAGAUAACCAGCAAACGGCUGCUUCUCCAGGUCCAGCCUGCCCAGCCUGCCCAGCCUGAGCCGUCUAGAAACGACCUUUUAACGAAAUACGCCCAGAAACAGGCAAAACUUAUGGAGUUGGAGAACCAGGCUGAACUAGUCCGGUUUGAGCUCUUGGAGCUUCAGAGUCAACUUCAAACUACAGAGAGAGAGUUACCCUUUACCAAUGAAGUGAAAAACUUAAAGAAAAAAGUGUCUACGAUGUUCCAGCAGGCUCCACAGGCGCCAGCGUUACGCAAGAAAGCUUCGAAUAUCUUUAAUUCGCCAGAACCAGCAGCUUUAAAGCAAAAAGCGUCGAUGGUUUUCAAUAACCGGUUUUUAAACGACGUCAAAGAGAAAAUGGACCAGCAGCAGGCUGAAUUCACGAAAAGAGGGUCUGAAUUCGCCAGAUCCUUCUUGGGGUUCCCUAAGAAGGAAGAGGACAAAGGAGCUACGGCAGAUUCGUCGUUUAUGUUUGAAAAUUUGAAUUCCGAACCGGCAAAUAUCGAUAAGUCCAUUCUUCUCAGUGAAGAGCUGGACUCUUCGUUGAUUGUGGAUGCGUACGUUUCUGACGAUGAAGAUUACGUUUCAGACGAGUCUGUCGUCUACUCGAGGUGUUGGUAG